AUGCCGGGUGUCAUUCUAGGUAUCUCCUCUCAUUCUGCAUGUAUGGACUCUGUACAGUCCCACUUCUCCUGUCCUGGAUGCCGGGUGUCAUUCUAGGUAUCUCCUCUCAUUCUGUAUGUAUGGACUCUGCACAGUCCCACUUCUCCUGUCCCGGAUGCCGGGUGUCAUUCUCGGUAUCUCCUCUCAUUCUGUAUGUAUGGACUCUGCACAGUCCCACUUCUCCUGUCCUGGAUGCCGGGUGUCAUUCUCGGUAUCUGUCCCCAUUCUGUAUGUAUGGACUCUGCACAGUCCCACUUCUCCUGUCC